CCUUAUAAUGAUGUGUGGUCAAUUCUCCAGGAAAAUCCAGAUCUGUGGAAGUGGCUCUCCGGCCAAGAACCACCACCUGAUGCUAUAAACAGCAAUACUGUCUUCAGUUCUAUCCAAGCUAAAGUGCUGGAAAAUCUCAACAACUAUGCUGCUCCUGCAACUCGUGCAGAACCAGGCCAGCCUUGGGUGAGAGGCUGGGAUGACAAGAGGGGUAUGGAGGGAGGGCCAAAGCAUGGGAAUCAGUAAUCACCUUAUUUUCUGGACUUAUAGGCUUCUUUUGGGAAGGCUUUCUUACUGCUUCUUAAAGCAGCUUUCUAAAAAGCUGCUUUAAGAAGAUACAGUGAAGCCGCCAUACCAAAUGAAGCCUAAAUUUGAGAUGAUGUUGUUAUAAAUAAUAGUACUUGAAUGUUUAUUUAUUUCAUAUUGAUAAAUGUGAAAGAUUCUAAAAAUAAUGGAUUUAGUGAUAAAUCAUAGCCCAUAAAUUUUUGAAGUUAUAUCAUAAUGCAAUCAUUUUAUUUCUUA